AUGGACAUCCGUAUGGCAGAGAACUGUGUUAAUGUUCCAGUUGUGCUAGAGGAUGGAGUGGUCACCCGCCAGGUCUGUGCAAACGCAGGAUCUGACUGCUGCUACUUCAAGUCCACCCCAAUUCGUGUUAAAGCAUGCCCAGGCAAUUUCUAUGUCUAUGAGAUUGUCAGGCCAAUGUUCUGCAACAUGGCCUACUGUACAGAUUCCAGCACCAUAACUCCAAAUCGUGCGCCUCCAGUCAUAUCUAGUGGACGUGAACUAAACACAGCCAGGACACCCAAUCCAGCCAGCUCUACUUUUGACCCCUGUCAGAACUACAAUGUACUUGAUGACACCUGGAGAACUACAUACAGUUACCAUGGUUAUGGCUACUAUGCUUACGGUUCCUCCGGUUACUACAGCAGUCACGAUGACACCACUGUUGAAUGGGAUGGAUGGUAUCGGCUGUAUCUACAUGGAGAAGAUGCACAAAUUUCUGAGUGGUGUUUGGGUUCUAUAACAUCUGGUGGAUACACCCCACUGCUGCUUGGUGGUUCACAUCCCCUUAUUGAGGAUGGAAUUGUUACUCGAGAAAUCUAUGGGACCAAUAUUUACAAUUACUGGUGGUACUGGGGAUACUACUGGUGGUACUGGGGAAAUGGGUGGUAUGGAAGCCAGUGUAAUUACUACACGUCCAACCCAAUACAAGUGAAAGCCUGUCCAGGACAUUACUAUGUCUACAAACUUGUCAAGCCAGAUUUGUCAAUUCCUCUGCCAACAUACACUGCAGUUGCUUUAGACAGACUUACAUCUUAUGAUCCCUGCAACAACUACGUCUCCCUUGACCAACCCUGGAGAGCCAAUAAUGCACCUGGUUUGGAAAUUUGUGACAGCAACUUCAACUGGAAUGGCUGGUACCGUCUGCUGUACAAUGAGUUGGAUAUCCGUAUGGCAGAGAGCUGUGUUAAUGUUUACAGAUGUGGUACUUACUACACUCUGUGGCUCAAUGGUCCUCAUCCUCAGCCAGAGGAUGGAGUGGUCACCCGUCAGGUCUGUGCAAAUGCAGGAUCUGACUGCUGCUUCUUCAAGUCCAACCCAAUUCGUGUUAAAGCAUGUCCAGGCAACUACUAUGUGUAUGAGAUUGUCAGGCCAAUCUUCUGCAACAUGGCUUACUGUACAGAUGUCAACACCACAUCUGCAGUUGUUGAACACUCAAGUGAUGCAGAAUCUAAAAUGGCCCUGACAUCUACUCAUGAAGACUUCACGUUUGACCCUUGUAACUACCAUGAUGUUGUUGAUGAUUACUGGAGGAACACAAUGGAACUAUAUAAUUUCUACACUGGCCAUGAUGACACUCUUGUUGAAUGGAAUGGCUGGUAUCGGCUGUUUCUCCAGGGGAAUAGUGCUCAGCUGUCUGAGUGGUGUGUGAGCUACAUGAGAUGUGGUGGCUACACUCCGCUUGUACUUGGUGGUUCUCAUCCACAACUAGAGGAUGGAAUUGUGACCAGAGAAAUCUAUGCCUACUCUGAUGGCCAGUGCAGCUCAGUGUCCAGGUCCCACCCAAUCCAAGUGAAAGCCUGUCCAGGGCAUUACUAUGUCUACAAACUUGUCAAGCCAGAUGUGUCGAUUCCAAUGCCUACAUACUGUGCAGUGAACUUUACUUACCCAAGCACUGACCCCUGUUAUAACUACAAUGUGUUGGAGGAGUCUUGGAGAGCCACAGACAAUGCAGAGCACAACUACUACAACUCCUGGUGGUGGUGGUGGACAUGGUGUGACAGAUACACCAGCUGGAAUGGCUGGUACCGGCUCUUCUACCAGGGAAAUAAUGUUGAGAUGCCAGAUUCAUGCGUUAGCCCGGGCAUGUGCGGCACUGAUAUCCCUCUCUGGCUCAACGGUUCCCUCCCACAACUGGAGGACGGAGUAGUUAUACGACAAGCGUGUGGGAGCUCAUACAGUGACUGCUGUUAUUACAAAUCCUUUCCCAUCCAAGUGAAAGCUUGUCCAGGAAAUUACUACGUAUAUGAGCUUGUGAGCCCAGCCUUCUGUAACUCAGCCUACUGUGCUGAUGUUGACACCAUUUCACCAGUUACUGAUCCAAAACCAAACAAAACUGUAGACCCAACCACAUUGGUCAUCACUGCAACUACUGCAAUUACCACAGCAGGAAUGUCAACAUUCACGACUGGGUUCACCACUCCCAAUACCACUAACGUGACUGUUACAAACCCAACCAUUGACCCCUGUAUGCAAUAUAAUGAGCUGAGCGACUCCUGGAGAGCAACAAACAACCCAAACCUUUAUAAUGCUACCUUUCCAUGGGGGCAGAAUGCAUGGUGUGACACCUUUAUCAACUGGAAUGGCUGGUAUCGGCUUUUCUACUUGGGAAAAAAUGUCCAGAUGCCAGAUUCAUGUGUUACUGAGGGCAUGUGUGGCACAUAUAUCCCUCUUUGGCUCAACGGUCCUCAUCCACAGCUGGUAGAUGGUGUGGUCACACGGCAAGUGUGUGGGAGCUGGAACAGUGACUGCUGUUAUCACAACUCCUCCCCCAUACAAGUGAAAGCUUGUCCAGGAGGUUACUAUGUAUACGAGCUUGUCAGUCCAACCAUCUGUUUUUCAGCUUACUGUACAGAUGUUGGUAACAGUGCAACAUCUACUACUCAAGACCCACCACAGUACACCACCAUGGUCACCACUCCCUUUAAUGCAACAGUGGACCCAUGUGAGGAGCUGAACUGCACUGAGGAUGAGUUGUGUCGGGAGAUAGACAGUGUAUAUGGCUGCUUCUGUAAUCAGAAUGAAUCUACACUACACCCAGAGUCUUACGAUGCUAUUGAAGUGUGUGAGGGCAGCUCUGGCACCAUAUCUCUGUCCCUCUGUCAGCUCUUAAAAUCUGGUUUCCCUGGUAAAAGCCUGCACUUGAAUGACCCCAGCUGCAGAGGAACAGUCCAGAAUGGCAGACUGGUGUUCCACUUUGAUAAUGAUGAUCACGUCUGUGGCACAAACCUCAUGUCCAAUGGAACUCACAUCAUAUACAAGAACUCUAUCCAGAGCACAGGCAACUCAACAGAAGGCCCCAUUAACAGAAAGAAAUCACUAGUACUGCAGUUCUCCUGCAUCUAUGAGCUCACUCAAACACUUACUAUGGCCACUGCAUUAAACCCUCUACAGAGCAUAGUACACAAGACCCUUCCAGGUGGUGUGGGGAUGUACCAGGUCAGAAUGAUUCCCUAUCAGGAUCCUGGUUUCUCCCACCCUUACAAUGGCAGUGCAGACAUAGAGGUCAAUCAGAGGAUCUAUGUGGCAGUGAUUGUCCAGGGGGUGGACAGCCGUCAGAUUACUACAGUGAUUGAUUCAUGUUGGGCCACUCCUGAGAAUGAACGCAACUUUGCUGACCCUUGGCACCUCAUCAUUAAUAAGUGCCCUAAUCCGGAAGAUAACACAGUGCAAGUCCUUCAGAAUGGUGUCUUCACAACAGCCCGCUUCUCCUUCAAGAUGUUCACCUUUAACAAAUACCCCUUUGACAAGGUCUUCCUUCACUGCUCCAUUCACCUUUGCCUUCUGCAGAACAACAACUGUGCAAUGCAUUGUCAGCCUGGAUACCACCACAGAGCUGCCAGGUCUGUGGAUGCCCAUGACACCUCCUCCAUCUCCAUGGGGCCUUUAUCAGGACUGAGAGAAGCAGAGAAUUUGCAUCUGUCUCCCAAACGCUCCAUGUUACAGAAUGACCAGCCCACCAAGGACACAGUGAAGGACCGAGACUGGUAUGUGUUUGUUUCGCUGGGACAAAAGUCCAGCUUUUUCCACACAGUCUGA